AUGGCCGCCGACGACCAGCGCGCUGCUGCCACUCAGCCCAUGAGUCAAUUUUCAGCUGAUUUGGGUGACUCUAUCAUGCAGGGUGCUGCGCCGCCUUCUCCAAUCGAGCGCGGCGGGUCUCCGGGCGAGCUCGGCGGCGACAUGCGCACCCACGUCAUCGCCAUUUCGACGAACGCGCCCGCUGGCCCGCCGCAUGUUCCAGCCGAUACUGUUGGGGUGGUGCCUGCCGACGAGCUGUGUCUGUAUCACUGUUGUAAUGCUGCCGCGGAUAUGCAUUCGUGGUUGCGCGGCAGACAUGCGUCUGGUUACGCAGAAGAUAGGGGCAGAGUUUGCGCAGACGAAGCGCGCGCCAAGCAGCUCCGGGAUCGCAUCGCGCAGAUGGCGCGGGACGCAGGAGACGAAGCCACUGCUGCCAGAUUGCUGAAGACCGGGCGAGAAGCUUACGCGGGCUUCGAUGAAAUAAAAUAUUUCUGCGAGGUCCUGGGCGGCCAGAUCGUCGUCGAGCACUACGAGGACACGAAGCACUCUGUUCAGAGCGUUUAUGGUAACGGCCCUUUGAGAGCGCUCUUUCGGCUUCACACGCAGUCCUCUGAGGAUGGGCACGAGGUCGAUCAUUGGUCGUGCCUGCAGAGUUGGAUUCCGCGAGUUCCAGAAGUCGCCGCGCGCGCGAGCAAGCCCGAGGAUGCGCCCGCCGAUCCCGUCGGCGACAGCAGCUCCCUACAGCGACGGUUGAAACUCCCAGGCGCAGCUACAUGCAGUGCGGAAUUCGACGAGUUCACGAUGGAGGUAGACAGCGAGCGGAGCUGGCUGGAAAGUUUAACGGCAGACCCUGAGCCGCCUGCUCAGAGCAUACUCGUGCAGACGGAGGCGGUGAAAGCAUUCAUAGAGAAGAAGCACGCCUCAUGGGAUCCGUACCUGAAGCGGAUUGCCGUUGGGGCGCUAGCCAUGUAUCGAUGUCGGCUAUCCGAUAUCUACGUUCGAGAGUAUGUCAUGAUGAUGCACAUCAUACUUGGCGGUGACUACCUCGUCGCCCACGACGGGGUCAUGUAUUUUUGGAACGGGAAUACAAGGUUCUUCGAGAAGUACGAGGGUCUCAUGCCAGAGAUUGUGUAUGCUGCCCUGAAGGAGUACCUCUUGACUUUGGAAGGGCUUUUCCGGUCCUUCACUGGCGAGGUUCGGCGGGAUGAUGAAGCCGCGAUGUCCGCGAUCGAGGGGUCUUUGGAGAAGAGCGGGCCCGAGGCUCGGAAGGCGUUCGCCGCGUGGCGCGACAACGCCAUCUUCAACAGAGGAGGCAAGGGCGGCGGCAAGGGCGGCGGCAUGGGGGGCGCGGGGGAAUCUGCCGCAGAAUUCGACGCUCUCUCGCAGAUAGAGGCGCAAGGGCUGGAUGGCGAUGCGCACGCGCCGGCAGACGACAGCUCCGCGCGCAGUGCGCCGUGGUAUAUCACGAUCGCAGUGAGCGUUGCUCGAGUUGGGCGAAGCUUACAGAUCCAGAUGAUUCAGAACAAGUUGCCGUCGUUUUACUGCGAAUGGUGCGAGACUCCGCGCCCCUCGCUCAGGGGCGUCGCCCACCCCGACAUCGCGUUCGUCUACGACCUGGGCGGAACCCCGGUGACGCAGAUCACGAGGGAGAGUGAGCGCAAGAGCAUAUACAUCGGCAUACCGCACACGAUCAAGGCUUACUUGGGCGACCCAGCGUUGAAGGUGGCCGCGACGAGAGUGGAUCAGUUCUACAGGCAGACAUUCUGGGCAAACGCCGCCGCGCACAAGGUGUGCAUGGCCGCCCUCGCUCUGGCGAAGAGAGGGUUGAACGUCGACCAGCUGUUCUUCUUCUGGGGAGCCGGCGGCGUCGGGCUUUCGCUGACGACGGCCCAUCUCGACGCCAUGCUCGGCCACUCCAACCACAAGUAUUUCGACCCGCAGGAGAAGCCAGAAGGCUUGAGGAAGAGCUUCCGGGAGGAUUUGUUCAAGAAGCUGGCGUCUGCCGACGGCAUCUUUGGUCGACUGCCGUAUCAGAUUUUGACGAAGGUUAUAUACCUGGUCGGAUGGAAACGCAUGGAGCUCAACAAGCUCAUCACUUUCGACGGAGUCACUGAGGGCGCAUUCCACGCCAUCUACCGGAGGUCUCUUCUGAUCAAGAUUUAUGCUAGGUUUGUCGACGCGGAGUAUAUCAGGCGCGCCCUGCCGGACGCAGAGAAGUACGGCAUCUUCCCGCGAGCGCCGGAUCUGAAGCCGUUCAUGCAGUCGGGGCCCGCCAUCGCGGCUGGUCUGCAACGACAGCUGGGCUUCGAACGGAAAUACGGCGAAGCCGCAUCGAGGUCGCUGAUAGAUGACUACUGCCCGCGCGGAGGAGAUAAUGGGAUCACGGAGAAAUACAUGCGACAGGCGCGUCUUCUCUCGGAGCCGAGCAGGCCGAAGCCUGGCGGCCAGAGCAGCGCGGCUGCCCCGCCGCCCGGCGUCGACUUUGAUGUCGGAGCGGGCGGGUCGCAGGAUGCGGAAGAGCCCAUGGCGCAGUUGCGCCGCCAACUCCUCCAUCAGAUGCUCGAGCGGAGCUUCGACGCCUUGACAUUUUCAUAUUUGAAGCAGAUGUCCACAGGGCAGAUUCAGGGCCUGCCGGAGAAGAAACCGACGCUGUGGAAGUCGAUGGAGGAGUCCGCCGGAUGGUCGAAAGGUGGUUUGUAUGGCAAAGCGAAAGACAGACUUUUACCAAAAUUGUUGACCACUCGCAAGUUCGAGGAUAUUGUGCCGGCGCCGAACGUGGAGGAGCCGACCGUGCUACCAGAACAGUGGGACCGCGCGGCGCUGAGCCGCUACGCGAACGGCAACGCUUGUCGCAAGCACAACGUCGACAUCAUGAUUGAGACCUUGGGUGCCGUCCCAAAGCCGCGCGGGCGGAGGAAGCGCGGAACGGAGCCCGAGGUUGGCGGCGACGCCCAUCUGCGCGCGGUCGGCGCGUCCAUUCAGGCAGCGGAGCUCGCCCUGGAAGUGUUGCUCGAGAGCGCGCGCGAGAGGCCGACCGUGGUGCCAGCCGACGCACCGGCGGAGAAGAGGAGGAAAAUUGGUGCGAAGAAGAGCUUCAGCGGUGGCAUCGACUUGGCAGAGCGCAGCAUUCCCUACACGUAUAAACGCACGGCGGCCCGUCGCUUCGCGGAUGUUCCGGCGGCGCAGGGGUGCCCAGCGCGCGUGCUACAUCCGAUGUUGCAAGGCACCGUAGAUCUCGACAUCCACAGCGCUGUCCUGACCAUCACUUGGCAAUUCGUGGAGAAAAUGGACAUGGCCGACAAGAACCUGUUCAGCGAGGAGUUAGAGUUGCUGAAGCGGCUGGCCGAGAACAGGGACGAGGCACUUCGGGGCGAGUUGCCGGACAUGGGGCCCGAGGCGGCCAAGCGCUUUGUACUCGAGAUCAUCGGCGGGUCCCGUUCUUUCGACGCCGAUGCCAAGCCAUUCGCCAAGAAGUUGCAGCGCGUGAGCCGCGUACUGCGCUGGCUGGCGUGCUCGGCGUUGCCGGAGGUAUACGAGAGUUUCUGCCACGACGCCGCGCAGGGCGACGGCGAGAAGACAGAGAAAUGGCCGGAGGGACAAACGUUCUCGACUUUCUACCAGCGCGCGGAGGACUACAUCUUCCGCCAGUGGCAGACGUGGGCGCUAGCGCAGCCGGUGAAGCAUUUGUCUCUGCAUUUCGACGGCGUCAGGAUCAGCCGGGACGCGGUGCUCGCCAACCAUGCCACCGUGGCGGACUACGCCGCUGACGCGAGUGCCCACAUCGCGAGGGAAACAGGCUUCAUAGUCAAAAUCACAGAGAAGACCCACCCGACGAUCGCGGAGGCACUGACGAGCUGCGGGGCGUGGCGGCCAUCGGAUGCGCCUGCGGCGCCCAACGACCUACUGAGGCCCGGCAAUGGUAUUAUGCUGGCGCUGUGGCGAUGCCGCGACGCCAGGGUGUCCGCUUCCGUUGAAUCUUGCGCCAGCGCCACGUCCGUGGAGAACAGUGCUGCCAGCGUGGAGAAAGGGAGGACGUACGCGGAGUGUUGCCUGGCACAUGGCGUGUCAAUGAUGCCGCAGCUGGGGUUCGAUGCUCGCGAGCAGGGGCAUUAUCUUCUCCACAUGGAUGGGCACGGGUCGCCAUCGUGCGCACUCGUCCACGUGGGAGCGGAGCUCGACAAGGCGACGAUUCAUUUUCAUGGCCAAGUCGGCGAGGUGAGUCUGGCAGAGAUCCUUGAUGCCGUCCUCGCCGGGCGAGACUCGAGGCUAGCAGUCACGUUUCACAUUGAUUUGGCUCCGGCGGCGCAGUAUGUAUCCGUCCAGCUUCUUAGUAGCACUGGCGAGCUGGGAGAUGACGAGAGGCCCGCGACCCCAGACCCCUUCCUUCCUGGCGUCAGCAAGCGGCAGUGGGAGGCCAAGGUUUCUGCUUGGCGCAGGGACAUGUCGCGACUUCUUGACGAGGUGCCGGUUGGUGCGACGGAAUUGGCGGCGGCCGAAGAGCUCGGCGUCUGGGUAGAGCCUUCGCCGCCCGCCGUGCGCGGCUGUCGAGCUCUCCUACAAGAUGGAAACUGCAUCCUGCUCGCCUACAGCAUCCUGACGCAGGACUUCUGCGGCUGCAUCGACUACUGCGCGCGAUUUCCCGUUCCUCGGGGUGCGGAGCGUCGCUGCGCAGACGUCGCCGACCACUUCGGCUUCUCUCUGACCGUCGUGCGCCUGCAGGCUUCGCGGCCGGGUGCGUGCUCACUCUUGCCCGGAAAAUAUUUCUGUCAUACGCGGGGCCACUGCUGCGCUGCGGCUGUUCUCCCAGGGGCCUCUUCGGCGAUCGUGUGGAGAGGUUUCAGCCGACAUGUUCUGCCAACGGCGCAGUGGGCCCGCCGCGUCGGGGAAGUCGAGGGCGCGCUGUUGCACAUCACUAACAGCAGUGAAUGCGCAUUCGACGUCGAUUUGACAACUGGACGGGGAUCGCGGGAGACCGCGGCCGACGGGUGCUUCGUGAGCGCCGACGACGAUCCGCUGGGAGGAAUGGUGCAUGGGGAAGACGCAUCCAAUGCGUGUCUCAGCUUGGCUUUGAAUGCGUUGGGCGCACGCGUGCCGACCAGCGUGCAAGGCCCAUUCCGCGCGCUCGAGCACGGGAACCAAUGGCUGUCACACCUCGGCCUCGCCCUGAUCCAGCAGCCGCGGGGCCCGACCGGCCCUGGGCGUUACGUCAAGUGGGAGCCGCCGCGGCGCAAAUCUGAACUGGCCGCGAGCGUCGGCCACUUCACGGCCGUUAUCCUGCGGCCAGGCAGCGCCACUGUGAUUGACCGCCGAGCAUGCCUGCCAGCGGUUCGCGAGUGGCGCGCGUGGGGCGACAUUCCGGACGUCGAGGAGCACAAGUGGUUCGUGUUGGUGGAGCUCGGCGCACAGAGGCCGGGGCCCGAGGGCGGCCGCCCUCUUCCAUGGGGCACGACUUCGGGGAUCAUCGAAGCUAACCGGCUGGACGCACUCAUCCGUCGGCGCGCAGCUCGCGAACGAGCGGGCCCCUAUGGGUCGGCGUCGUCGUCGGGCUUGCUCGCGCCGCAGGAGGCAGCCCGGGUAUCGGCGAACCGAGAGGAGGCAAUGCGGCGCAGAUCUUUGCGCUUGUUCUGCCCGUUGCCGCCGGUGGGGUGGCCCGGCACUCAGGUGCCCCAAGUUCCGUGUGAUUUCUCCCUCGAGCUGCCGCGUCUUCCGAAGAUCCGCCUACUCGAGCGACUCAACGCGCACCCUCGGGACGCCCAGCUGCACUUCGUCGAGGAGUCGCAUUCCUACUACAUUCGCGGCGUGCGAACCCAUGGGUCAGUGACGGGGUUGAUACACGAGUAUUCUCGAGGUUUUGACGCUGUCGCAGUGAUCGAGAAGAUGCGGAGCGGGCGGAACUGGCCUCGACCUGAUUAUUUGCGCCACCCUCGCCCCGAAUACGUGGUCGCAAAGCUGCGGACCAUGCCGGAGGCUGCUUGCUUGCACGACUUACUUGUUUCGCACGGGGCCUGCGACGCCGAGAUCUGCGCCGAGGUGAAGGCUACUGCGAGAGCGGCACCCCGCCUGGCAUGCCUGAUGGAGAGUUUAUCUCUCUCGGAUCAGGAGAUCGUGGAGACAUGGCGCCUAAACAAAGAAGAGGCGGCUAGGCGGGGCACCUGGAUGCACUGGACGUUCGAGGCCCACCUCAACCGCGUCCUGGUGCCCCGCGAUGCCGUAGAAUUCCAGUUGUUCUCGAAAUUCUUGGGCGCGCUGAAAGGUCUGGCGGCUUUCCGCACCGAGUGGGCCAUCUUCGCGGAGCACGAGGGGCUUGCUGGGUCAAUCGACUUCGUGGCUCGAGACUCCGCGGGCAGUCUGUACAUAUACGAUUGGAAGCGGGCGAAGAAUUUACGUUCGAAGUUCACGAACCAAUGGGAGAACAUGAAGUUUCCAUUGGGCCGAUUGCCAGACUGCCAGGGAAAUCAUUACCGGGUGCAGCUUAACAUAUACAGGUGGAUGUUGGAGCAGUACUACGGCGCCCGCGUGGCCGCGAUGUGUGUGGUCUGCCUGCAUCCGGACAACGGUGACCAGCCAUUUGUAGACGACGUGCCGGUGAUCCCAGAGAUCGAGGAGCUCAUGGCCAUUCAGCGCACGAGGUCCCGAGAGUUGCGGGCAAUGGCGUCGGAAGACGCCCGCGAGAUAGACCCUGCGGGCGGCUGGCGACGGCCAGUCGUGGCGGCGCGCAUGCCUUAUUGCCUGAGCACCGCGGCCAAUUUCGGUCGUGCGUUUCGCCGGACAUCAGUGGAGGUGCCGUUGGAAUUGCCGAAUGCCGACUUGCAGCGGCUGAGAAUUGCGCGCGUGGGUUCUGCGGGGGCCACGGUGACAGCCGCGUGCUCUCAUGCCCCGCGGAAGUAG